GGGUGGCGCGUGAGGUUUGAGGCUGAGAGGCGUCCCUCCCGCCGCCAACAUGGAGACCUUGUACCGAGUCCCGUUCUUAGUGCUGGAAUGCCCCAACCUGAAGCUGAAGAAGCCGCCGUGGGUGCACAUGCCGUCGGCCAUGACGGUGUACGCCCUCGUGGUGGUGUCUUACUUUCUCAUCACCGGAGGAAUAAUUUACGACGUCAUUGUGGAACCUCCAAGUGUUGGCUCUAUGACUGAUGAACAUGGGCAUCAGAGGCCAGUAGCCUUCUUGGCCUACAGAGUAAAUGGACAAUAUAUUAUGGAAGGACUCGCAUCCAGCUUCCUGUUUACAAUGGGGGGCUUAGGCUUCAUCAUCCUGGACCGAUCCAAUGCACCAAACAUUCCAAAACUAAAUAGAUUUCUUCUUCUGUUCAUUGGAUUCGUCUGUGUCCUGUUAAGUUUUUUUAUGGCUAGAGUAUUCAUGAGGAUGAAACUGCCGGGCUACCUGAUGGGGUAGAGGACGUUUGAAGGAGAACUCAGUGGAUGCUGGAUUUGGCCCUGUGAAUGAAGUUGUCAAGGGUGUGUGUGCCGUUCCCCGAUGCUGAAAGGAUGAGAAGCCGCAGAGAAAGGAGAAUGUGUGCAGUCCCAGGCGUCCCAGGCAAGCUGGGGCUGGAAUUUCCUCUUGGGACCAUCAGAGACCGGCUCAUUGCAGUGUUCUCUCCCUUCCUCUCUGCUGACCGAGACUGACGUGCCACCAAUGUUACAUGGCAUUUUCUUUUUAGAGUUUCAUUUCUUAAAGAAAAUAUACUCCAUUUCUCCAACUAGAAUGCUGAAUAAAGUGAUUGAUUUCUGCAGCCCCUUAGCAUUGAUAGGAGAAGACGCUCUGCUUCUCAAACACUGUGAAACCGGGAAGCGGGCUCUGCACGCCGAGGCCUGCACAACCGGCCCUCGCUCCCUGGGGUGCUGGGCUUUUCAACAGGGCGCCGGUAGUCCAGGCGCAUGUGAAGGACUGCUUCCUGAACAGUAAGAUGUAUGGAAGGAACAGAAAUAAAUGAUUUUCCUAAUUAA